AUGUAUGGGCGCUAUACGCAGGACCUGGGGGCCUUCGCCAAGGACGAGGCGGCUCGCAUCCGGGUGCAGCAGGAGCACUGGAAAGCUUUCCCCAGGGAGCGCCUGCGCCCCCCAGAGCUGCUGGAGUACAGCCAGAGCCGCUGUGCCCCUUGCCGCAUCUGCACCGUGCGGUGCCAGAAGUUCCUCGUCUCCAAGGUGGGCGAGGACUGGAUCUUCCUCAUCCUGCUGGGGCUACUCAUGGCGCUGGUGAGCUGGGCCAUGGACUUUGCCAUCGCCACCUGCCUGCAAGCCCAGAAGUGGAUGUACGGAGGCCUGGAUGCCAACAUCUUCCUGCAGUACAUGGCCUGGGUCACCUACCCCAUGGUGCUCAUCACCUUCUCCGCCGGCUUCACCCAGAUCUUGGCCCCACAGGCUGUCGGCUCAGGCAUCCCCGAGAUGAAGACCAUCCUGCGGGGCGUGGUGCUGAAGGAGUACCUCACCCUGAAGACCUUCGUGGCCAAGGUCAUUGGCCUGACCUGUGCCCUGGGCAGCGGGAUGCCCCUGGGCAAGGAGGGCCCCUUCGUCCACAUCGCCAGCAUGUGUGCCGCCCUGCUCAGCAAGUUCCUCUCCCUCUUUGGGGGCAUCUAUGAGAACGAGUCCCGCAACAUCGAGAUGCUGGCGGCUGCCUGUGCCGUGGGAGUUGGCUGCUGCUUCGCCGCCCCCAUCGGAGGCGUCCUCUUCAGCAUCGAGGUCACCUCCACCUUCUUCGCUGUGCGCAACUACUGGCGCGGCUUCUUCGCUGCCACCUUCAGCGCCUUCAUCUUCCGCGUCCUGGCCGUGUGGAACAAGGAUGAAGAGACCAUCACAGCCCUGUUCAAAACCCGCUUCCGCCUGGACUUCCCCUUCGACCUGCAGGAGCUGCCCGCCUUCGCUGUCAUUGGGAUCGCCAGUGGGUUUGGCGGCGCCCUCUUCGUCUACUUCAACCGCAAGAUCGUGCAGUUCAUGCGCAAGCAGAAGACCAUCAAUCGCUUCCUCAUGAAGAAGCGCCUGCUCUUCCCCGCACUGGUCACCCUGCUCGUCUCCACGCUGACCUUCCCGCCUGGCUUCGGACAGUUCAUGGCUGGCCAGCUCACGCAGAAGGACACGCUGGUGACCCUCUUCGACAACCGGACGUGGGUCAAGCAGGGCCUGGCUGAGGAGUUUGAGUACGUGGGCAUCUCCGAGGCCUGGCGCCAUCCCCGCUCUAAUGUCUUCGUCACCCUUGUUGUCUUCAUCCUCAUGAAAUUCUGGAUGUCGGCCCUGGCCACCACCAUCCCGGUGCCCUGCGGAGCCUUUAUGCCCGUCUUCGUCAUUGGCGCAGCCUUCGGGCGGCUGGUUGGGGAGAGUAUGGCAGCCUGGUUCCCAGACGGCAUCCACGCCGACAGCAACACCUACCGCAUCGUGCCCGGGGGCUACGCCGUGGUAGGGGCGGCUGCGCUCUCGGGGGCCGUCACCCACACGGUGUCGACAGCCGUGAUCGUGUUCGAGUUGACGGGGCAGAUCUCGCACAUCCUGCCCGUCAUGAUCGCCGUCAUCCUGGCCAACGCCGUGGCCCAGAGCCUGCAGCCCUCUCUCUAUGACAGCAUCAUCCGCAUCAAGAAGCUGCCCUACCUGCCCGAGCUGGGCUGGGGCCAUCACGAGAAGUACAAUGUGCGGGUGGAGGACAUCAUGGUGCGGGACGUGCAGUAUGUCACCCUCAACUGCAAGUACCGCGACCUGCAGGAUGUGCUACACAGCACCAAGCUGAAGAGCCUGCCGCUGGUCGAGUCGGCUGAGUCCAUGAUCCUGCUGGGCUCCAUCGAGCGGGCCCAGGUGGUGGCACUGCUGAGCAACCAGCUGAGCCCAGAGCGGCGCUGGCAGCAGGCACGGGAGCGGGCACAGGCCUCAGCCCCGCGGAAGGGGCCCAGCGAAAAGCUGCAGGAUGAGGGCGAGGGCGAGGGCGAGGAAGAGGGCAGGGCAGCUGACACGGGUGUGCGCUUCCAGAUCACCACAGAGGAGUCCUCCUUUACCCCAUCCCACGGAGACACCCGCAAGCCUCUGAAGCCAGCACUCAAGCGAGUGCCCAGCAGCUUGGCCGAGAGCCCCACAGCUGGCAGCACGGAUACCUCAGGGAUUGCCCUCAAGAGCCUCUUCUGUGCCAAUGCCACCACGGAGCCUGCUGAGGAGGCAGAGAGAUCAGCAGGGUCUGAAAAGCGCAAGUCGAAGCGCGUCCGCAUUUCCGUGGUGGAUGAGUACCAGCCAGGCGACGAGAUGAGCCCGUCAGAGAUCAUGGAGUGGGAGGAGCAGCAGCUGGAGCAGCUGGUGAACUUCAACAACAGCAAGAUCGACCCGGCACCCUUCCAGCUGGUGGAGCGCACCUCCCUGCACAAGACUCACACCAUCUUCUCACUUCUGGGCGUGGACCACGCGUACGUCACCAGCAUCGGGCGCCUCAUUGGCUUGGUGUCCCUCAAAGAGCUGCGCAAGGCCAUCGAGGGUUCGGUCACGGCCAAAGGUGUGAAGGUCCGCCCACCCCUGGCCAGCUUCCGGGACAGCACAACCAGCAGCAGUGAGCCCGAGACCACCAGCAUCCACCAGCUGUGGGACCGGCGCCAGCGCCAUGCCCUGCCCCGCGAGUACAGCCCCUCCGAGACC